CGCUACAGCAGCCUCGAACAUUUCCUCGACCUUCUGGACUUUCUCCAAUCACCUCCUCGGUCAAUCCCCCAUCUCCACAAUGGCAGACCUCGACAAGUACCUCCUCCUCACAAAGUUCUACGCCCAGGAUGCCUUUUCCAGCAUCGACUGGUCCCAACCCUCCCUCUACAUCUCCGUCGCGUCCAUCCUCUUCAACCCGAUUUGGUGGAAUGUCGUCGCUAGGAUGGAGUACCACAACAAGACGUUGACUAAGCUCGCUGGUGGUAAUGCGAAGUACGGAUGUUACGGUCUUGCUGUUGCUAUCUUCUCUCUUGGGAUCAUCCGUGAUUUCCUUUAUGAGCGUGCCUUGAACGCUCAACCCCUCUACGCCCCCCUCGCCGCCUACCCCUAUACCAAACCCCUCGCCGUCGCCCUCUUCCUCACCGGCAACAUCCUCGUCCUCACCUCCAUGUACGCCCUCGGCGUAACAGGAACCUACCUCGGCGACUACUUCGGUAUCCUCAUGGACGCCCGCGUGACUGGUUUCCCAUUCAACGUGACUGACAACCCCAUGUACUGGGGAUCCGCCAUGUCCUUCUUGGGAACUGCGUUGUGGUAUGGAAGGCCGGCGGGUGUUGUGUUGAGUGUGGUUGUUGUUGUUAUGUACAAGAUUGCGCUGGCGUUCGAGGAGCCUUUCACCGGUGCUAUCUACGCCAGGCGUGAUGCGGAGCGUAAGAAGGCUGGUGCGAAGGCCCAGUAAGCUUCCUGCCCCUCGGAUCCAUUGUGGGUGCGUUGCUCUUGCAGAGCACAUGGAGGACGGACGUGGCAGCAAGUAGCGGAGUAGCGGGAGAAAGACGGUCAGCUAGCGGUGUACAUACGUUACACGCUGGGACAACAUGACAAGGACAGAAACUCAACUUUCUGUCUCUUGUGGAUCAUCAUUUUUGGGUCAUUCACGGGGAGUUCCGGCGUUAUUCACCUAUUCAACAAAGGGUCCUCUUGCUUUUUUGACACUAUACCUAACAUUAGAAAAGAAAUAUAUGAUACAUGCAUAGGUAGUUUCCGCUCAUUGCAAAGGUUCGGGGAUGUCACAGGCAGGUAGACAGCAGGGGUUCAGGGCUAUCAGGCGUACUUACUGCUAUGUUCAUCCCUUUUCUGGUCAAACAUCAAUACAUUAGCAAUGAUCUGCUC